GGUUCUCUCCUUCCGCCUUGACUCGGGUCCUCAGGCUCACUGAGCCCGCUCAUCAGCCUCACUUUUUUGUUUUUUUAGUCUGCUAGACUCCCAGGUCAUGCCAUACAAUGGUUAUCAGGGCUCUCUGUAACCUUAUUUUUUCAAUCCCUAAAUUCGAGGUCCCAAGCAGAGGGGCUGGGAGUACUCAGAGAGUUGCUCUUUAAUGGAUUUGGCAAAGGGACCAGAGAAUAGAGCUUCGGUAGCUGCCCAGAAAACCGGUGUGGGAAGCUGGCAGAUCUCCAGCAGAAGUCACCACGCAGGAACCUAGGGAGUGUCAACCCGGCACCGGUUUCCGGAGGGGGACGCUGGACAGAAACAGCUGUCCAACAGGUUGGUUGGGAGAACUCCGCUGCAGCGCGGUUGAGUCCGCCCAGCUUUGACUUUGGGCGGGAACAGCGGCGUGUGUGGAAUCCCUCAGCGGCACCGGGAGCGCGGAGGCUGCACCGGAGGGAAGGAGACCCGGGACCUGCCAGCUCCGGCCUGGCGUGCGUGCGUUCUCAGCUGGGCAGCGGGAGACUGACCCUACUGGAAUUGCACUAGGAUAGAGCGGACGAUCCCUCCCUCCCACCUCCCCGCGACCACGAGGGUGAGCCCACAGGACUGGAGGAAGCGGGAGAAUCAAGGAAUCAUAGAUUGGACUUCCCGGAACUCAGGGGGAUGGAUAAAUUGGGACAGAUCAUCUCCUUAGGCCAGCUCAUCUAUGCAAAGUGUGAAGAGAUGAAGUACUGCCGGAAACAGUGCCAGCGUCUAGGGAAACGUGUGCAUGGCCUGCUCCAGCCUCUCCAGAGGCUCCAGGACCAAGGAACGAACAACCUGCCAGAUGAUAUAACUGCUGCCCUGGGCCGUUUUGAGGCUGUCCUGAAGGAGGCCAGGAAGCAGAUAGAAAAGUUCAGCAAUAAGGCCAGCAUUUGGAAGUUUGUGACUGCGGGCAGUGACAAGAUACUCUUCCAGGAAGUGAAUGAGAGGCUGAGAGAUGUCUGGGAGGAGCUCCUGCUGCUGCUUCAGGUUGACCAAUGGAACUCUGUUUCAAAUGCCAGCCAAAGAGCAUCCUGGCUGCAGGAAGAUCAACAGGAUGCAGAGGAGGAUGGAAACGAAAGUAUUCGAGCUAUCUUGAUGCAGAUGAGAAUUGACAUGGAAGAAAUCAAGGAAACUAUGAAACAACGCUCACUAAAACCCACACAGGAGAUCCCACAGGAGCAAAUCAAGGAGAUUAAGAAAGAACAUCUUGUCAGAACUCCAUGGAUCUUACUGAAGAAAAAUAACCUGAGCACACUUUAUAGAGGAGAGUACCACAGAUCUCCAGUCACCAUCAAAGUAUUCAACAACCCCCAAGCCGGAAGUAUUGGAAUAGUGAGGCACACUUUCAAUAAUGAGAUCAGAACCAUGAAGAAAUUUGAUUCCCCCAACAUCUUGCGUAUAUUUGGGAUUUGCAUUGAUGAAGCAGUGAAGCCCCCUGAAUUCUCCAUUGUCAUGGAGUACUGUGAGCUUGGAACCCUGAGGGAACUGCUGGAUAAAGAAAAGGACCUCACAAUGAGUGUGCGCAUCCUCCUAGUCCUGGGAGCAGCCAAAGGCUUGUACAGGCUACACCACUCAGAAACACCCCAACUGCACAGAAACAUCAACAGCUCCAGCUUCCUGGUCACUGGAGGCUACGAUGUCAAGCUUGCAGGCUUUGAAUUAAGUGAAACACGGGCUUCUAUCAGUCGGGAGACAAAAACCACUAAAGCAGAGAAAGUCAGUUCAACAGCGUAUGUCUCACCUCAGAGACUGAAAAAUGUGUAUUGUGUAUACAACAGAGAAGCUGAAAUAUAUAGCUUUGGAAUCGUGCUCUGGGAAAUUGUCACUGGAAAGAUCCCGUUUGAAGGCUGUGAUUCUAAUAAGAUCUACGAGCUGGUAGCUGAGGGUCAGAAGCAGGAGCCAGUGAGUGAAGAUUGCCCCAAGCUAUUGCAGGAGAUCAUUGAUGAGUGUCGGGCCCAUGAACCCUCCCAACGGCCCUCUGUGGAUGGAAUCUUAGAGAGACUGUCUGCAAUUAACUGAAGUUAUGUAUUCAAACCUAAACUGAAGAUUCCCUGGACAAGAAGCUGGAAGAGGCACAAAUUGGACAUUUGUCCUUCAUAUCUGCUAGUAUCAAGUUUUGCUGGGUGAAAAAUUCUUUUUUCUUUUCAACGGGUAUCACCAUGUAGCCUUGUCUAUCUUGGAACUUGCUAUAUAAAACAGGCU